CCUUGUGUCUCCAUGUCGGGGUUCAAGAAGGACGAUGACGAGCGGGUGAACCCGUUUGCCAACUUGGUCAAGUCGACGGUGCUGCAGGAGGCGCGGCUGUUUCACAAGUCGCCGAUCAAGGCCGGCAAGUGCAUCCCCAUCCUCACCAAGAUUCUGUACCUGUUGCACCAGGGAGAGUCGCUGACGACGACUGAGGCUACUGACGUCUUCUUUGCCACCUCUAAGCUGUUUCAGGCAACGUCGCUUCAGCUUCGGCGGAUGGUGUAUCUGGUCAUCAAGGAGCUCGCCGAGUCUGCUGAGGAUGUCAUCAUGAUCACAGCUGUGGUGAUGAAGGACCUCAACUCAAACUCGCCCAUGCUCAAGGCCAACUCGGUCCGGGUCCUCUGCAAUGUGACUGACCCGUCGAUGCUGGGGCAGAUUGAGCGGUACAUCAUGCAGGCGAUUGUGGACAAGAACACAUAUGUGGCGUCUGCUGCGCUCGUCUCGGCCAUGCACCUGAUGGGCGAGAACAAGGACAUUGUCAAGCGGUGGGUCUCGCAGGUCAACGAAGCGCUCAAGUCGCGGGCGGUGAUGGUGCAGUACCACGCGCUCGGCCUGCUGUACAAGAUCAAGCAGCAGGACCGGCUGGCUGUGACGCGGCUUGUGCAGACGCUGACCAAGCAGUCGACGCUGCGGUGCCCGUACGCCACCUGCCUCCUCAUCCGGCUCGCCUCGCACGUCAUUGCCGACGACCCAUCGGGCGUGCCCGACACCUCGCUCUUUGACUACCUCGAGCUCUGCCUCCGCCACAAGUCGGAGAUGGUCAUCUACGAGGCUGCACGGGCGAUUUGCAACAUUCCGUCAAUCACCGCGCGCGAGUUGACGCCGGCCAUCACUGUCCUGCACCUCCUCCUUGGCUCGCCCAAGUCGUCGCACAAGUACGCUGCGGUGCGGACGCUCAACGCCGUUGCCAUGACCCACCCGGUUUCGGUCACGCAGUGCAUGGUCGAGCUCGAGACGCUGGUCAAGGACUCGAACCGCUCCGUCGCCACCCUUGCCAUCACCACGCUGCUCAAGAUCGGCUCCGAGUCGUCGGUAGAGCGGCUGAUGACUCAGAUGUCCGAGUUCAUGGGCGACAUUCCCGACGAGUUCAAGGUUGUUGUCGUCGACGCCAUCCGCUCGCUCUGCCUCCGCUACCCCAAGAAGCACCACAUGAUGAUUUCGUUCCUCGCCGCUGCGCUCCGCGACUCGGAGGGCGGUUAUGAGUACAAGAAGACCAUUGUCGAUACCAUCAUGCUGCUCAUCGACCAGAUCCCCGACGCCGCAGAGUCGGGCCUUUCGCAGCUGUGCGAGUUUAUCGAGGACUGCGACUUUCCCAUCCUCUCCAUCCGCAUUCUUCACCUCAUGGGCGCCGUCGGCCCGCGGACGGCCAACCCGUCGCGCUUCAUCCGCUUCAUCUACAACCGCGUCAUUCUCGAGGUGGCGCCCGUCCGCGCCGCUGCCGUCUCCACCCUCGCUCGCUUUGGCCUCCUCUGCGAGCCGCUUAAGGACGCCGUUACCACGCUCCUCAAGCGCUGCAUGUUUGACACCGACGACGAGGUCCGCGACCGCUGCGCCAUGUAUGUCGCUCUCCUCGAGGCGGGCGCCUCGCCCGAGGACGUUGCCCUCGUUCUCGACGACGGCCCGCUGCCCGUCAAGAACCUCGAGGCCGCCCUCCUCGAGUAUCAGGCCAAGCCGUCGCGGACCCCGUUUAAUCUCGCAACCGUCCAGCCUGACCCAGUGGCGCCGGCCGCCCGUGGCGCCGCCGCCGCCGGCGAGGCGCCGCACGCCGAAGCCAGCCCGGCCGCCGCCGCCGGCUCGCCGGCCGCCUCGUCGUCUGCCGCCAUGUACGCCGCCAUGAUUGCCGCCGUCCCGCAGCUUGCACCGCUCGGCGCGCCGUACGCCUCGUCGGCGCCGGUCCAGCUGACCGAGAUCGAGACCGAGUACCAGGUCAACGUCGUCAAGCACUCGUUCGCCCAGGCUGUCCUCCUCCAGUUCAACGUCACCAACACCCUCGACAUGUUCUGCCUCAAGGAUGUCACGCCAGUUGUCGAGUUUGCCGACGGUGACGACGGGCUCGAGCCCAUCGGCGUCGUAGCCGCGCCCACCAUCGCCUAUGGCGCCCCGGGCACCGCCUGGGUCGUCCUUCGCAAGGAGGCGACCGCCUUCCCCUCGGCCACCUUUUCGUGCACCCUCAAGUUCCGCGUCCUUGACGUCGACCCCGAGUCUGGCGAGCCCGAGGAGGGCGACGAGGGCGAAGACGACGAGUACGAGGUCGACGAAGUCGACAUUGCCCCCGCAGACUACAUGCAGAAGACCUUUGUGCCCAACUUUGCUGCCGCCUGGGACAAGUUUACCGACGACCAUCAGUCACUCGAGCUCUUUGCCCUCGGCUCGCUCGGUUCAGUCGCCGAGGCUGUCUCCACCCUCAUCGACUUGCUUGGAAUGCAGGUUUGCGAGCGCUCGAAUGCCGUCAAGCCCGACGCCGUCACUCACACCCUCCUCCUCUCCGCCGUCUUUGCCGGCCAGGUCCCGCUUCUUGUUCGCAUCCGCCUCAAGCUCGACCAAACCCGGACUGUCCAGAUGGAGCUCACUGUCCGAUGCGAGGUCGAGUUUGUGCGCGAGCUUGUGCUCUCGCUUGUCGGCUAGAGCGUGUAGUUGUCGGCUGUCAAUUCACGUAAAACGCUGCUCCCGCA